UUUGCCUCUGGAAAACUGAUUGAAAAAAUACUGUACCAUUUAAAUCCCAACCUCUCUCAAAGUCUUAAUGCUAAAUCAAUCAUUCUACACUACGAGUACAUGUAGUGUUGUCUUCAUAAAAUAACUUUUAAAUCAUAGUGUGACAGUCAAUCCUCUCAAAAUCUCUCUUCCUCCACACAACUGACACGGUGUGCAACUUCCGCAUUCACUGUCAGUGUUAGACGUGACUUCAGAGCACGCUUCUGAAACAAGAACAAGACCGACUGCCAAAACACAAACACCUACAGAGACGAAACUGAACCGUCCGUAUCAUCUUUCCUUGAUGAAGUAACUCGGCUGUGACCCGGUGUGGAGGUUUUCUUGGUCCGGAUUUCUUGUGAGGCCGAGUUGGACGGAGGAGAUCAGCUAGAAACGCUGCUUUGACUCCGCUGCCAGCAUGCUCCGGCAGUCUCUGAGCAUCCUGAAGCAGUUUGGCUCUGCAGCAAAGUCACAAGAUGCCACCGAACUUCUACAUGAAGAUCUGGUCCUGGUGGAGCAGCGGGUGGAGCCGGCCAAGAAGGCAGCUCAGGUCCUUCACAAGAAGCUGCAAGGCUGCAUGCAGAGUCAGUCUGGACUGGAGGCUGAAAAACGAAUGAAAAAGCUCCCUCUGAUGCUGCUGUCCGUCAGCAUGGCAGAGAGCCUCAAAGACUUUGACGCUGGCUCCUCUAUCAGGAGGGUGUUGGAAAUGUGCUGUUUCAUGGAGAAGAUACUAGCGAGCAUGCUAGCAGACUUUGAGAUGAAAGUGGAGAAGGACGUUCUGGAGCCACUCAACAAAUUGAGCGAGGAGGAUUUGCCAGAAAUUCUGAAGAACAAGAAACAGUUUGCAAAGCUUAACACUGACUGGAACAACGCAAGAAUCAGGAGUCAAGCCAGCACUGGUGCCCAGGCCAAGCAGGAUGGACUCAGGGAGGAAGUGGAGGAAGCUUGGAGGAGGUUGGAAAGCAUUAAGGACCAGUACUCUGCAGAUCUGUACCACUUUGCAACUAAAGAGGAAGACUACGCUAACUACUUCAUCUGUCUUCUCGAGCUGCAAGCAGAAUACCACAAACAUUCCCAUGAGUUUUUGGAAAAAAACAUCAGCGAGCUCAAGGAAAACCACAGUCAAAAAGGGUUGGCCCUUAGCCUCAACAACCAGAAGGUCUACGGGGAACCUCUGCUCUCCCAUCUGUCUCUGAGUGAGAGAGAAAUCGCUGCGCCCAUUCAGGAGUGUAUUCACAUGCUGCUGAGAACAGGCAUGAGGGAGGAGGGUCUGUUUCGUCUGGCAGCAGCAGCAUCAGUGGUGAAGAGGCUAAAAAGUUGUUUGGAUCAAGAGAACGUUGACCACAGUGAGUUCAGCAUGGACCCUCACGCUGUAGCAGGAGCUUUGAAGUGUUACCUGCGAGAACUACCUGAACCUCUUUUGACAUCUGAACUCUACAAUGACUGGUUUAAAGCAGCAGGGGAAAAAGACCUGACAGAGAAACUAGAGCAAUUCAGAGUCCUACUGAAGAAACUACCACCUGAAAACUACAACAAUCUCAGGUACCUGGUCCAGUUCCUGUCUCUGUUGUCUGAGCACCAGGCCGUAAACAAGAUGACACCCAGUAACAUCGCCAUCGUCCUGGGGCCAAACCUACUCUGGCCACAAGUUGAAGGAGAAGCUGCUUUGUUCGACAUGGCGUCAGCUUCAUCAGUCCAAGUGGUGACCGUCAUCGAGCCUCUUAUUCAGUACAGCUCCAGUCUUUUCCCUGAAGCUGUAUCCUUUGAGGUCCCAGAAGUUCCAGGAGUACCAGAUGUGACGCUGCCAGCUCCCGUUGCUCAGACUCUGUCCUCAGAAAAGGAGAUACUGAGCAGAACAGUCUCCUCCUCUUCGUCUACAGCCUCCUCCUGCUCCACAUAUCACCUCCCUCUCUCAAAGUCAAACAGCUCAGCCUCUCAGGACAGCGGCAUUUUCUGCCUGGUGAAAUCUGGCUCUGUGAGUCGCGGUGGCACCUCCACCUGGUCCAGCCCUGCAGCUGAGACACCGGCCUCAAGUCAUCCAAACGCAACAUCCAGCAGCUCACCACUGUUCAAUGCCAGCCCUGUUGUUUUCCAAAACACUUCUGCUGCCUGUAGCUCCACAGCAAACCUUCCUAAAGCUUCAGGAGCUGCACCAAACCCAGGUCAGGUCAGGAGUCCUACACAGAAACAGAGCUCAGAUCAAGGCCAGCUGGAUCCAAUUUUAGAGGCACCGCCUGAUUCUCCAAGAGCAAGUGUAAAGAUCACCUCACCAUAUAAACCAAAAAGAUCUUUCAACAUGAACAAACCCCUCCAGCCAAACGAGCAGUUGGCAGUUCAUUACUCUAAACCCAGAGUGCCGGCACCUGCACCUCCCAGCAAAGCCCCAGUCGCUGCAGAGACAAGGACCCAACCGCCGACGCCGGCACCCAGAGGUCAGACCCUCAGCCUCAAAAAGCCUCCUCUGAAAAAGCCUGGACUGAGAGCCCCGAACUGCCCGCCACCCCUUCCUCCGCCAUCACAGGCGAAAGGGGUUCCCUCGAUAGUACAGUGAGAAAUAUGACGCAAAUGAUGUUACCUUUGGUAAAAGUGUUAAUCAUACUAUGUUUUCUAUGGCUACAGGGGCUACAGGUGUCACACAGCAAGUUUCUGAUGAUGAGGGAAUGCUAGCUCUGAACAGGAAGGAGACACAAUUGUCACCAUUUUGGGCAGCAGCAAAAUACUGUUUAACAGAGGCCCUGAGCAGACAUGCAUCCAUACCUUUUAUUUAUUCAAUGUUCCCAGUAUUUUCAUAUUCCAUUUUUUGUUUAGGAUUAGGAUACAAAAAAACAUGCCAGCAGAGGGCUGGAUUCAGCCUGGAUUUAAGUGGGGAAAUAAAGUAAAAUAAAACAAGUUAGAUGAUAUUCUAAAACAUCUUUAAAAUAUUUAUUUUGUGGGACGCUGGUAGCCUAGUGGUUAGUGCGUGCCCCAUGUACGUAGGCUGUAGUCUUCCAAGCAGGCGGCCUGGGCUCAAAUCCAACCUGUGGCUCCUUUCCUGCAUGUCAUUCCCCACUCUCUCUCUCUCUCUCCACAUUUCCACUGUCCUAGCUCUUACUAAAAGCAUAAAAAAAACCAUAUUUAAGAAAUAUACUGUAUUUACUGUAUAUAUAUAUAUAUGUACAGAGAGAGAGAGAUUGCACUAGAAGGCUGUUGUGAUUCAGUUACAAAGUAGAUGAGGUAAAUAUUAGUGUAUGAAAGAAUGAAUGGAAGAUUUGGUACAUAUAAAAUAUUGCAUCAAAUAGCAACUUUAUCAAACACUGAUUAAUGACUCAGUGGAAGCAGCUGAGGCUCUUUCCGUUUGUGUGGAUUUUGGCGCCCCCUAUGUACAAAUAUGCAUCGUGAAGUCCCCUUGGGAGUCAGGGUUUGGUAUUCCUUAAAAGUCUGUACCAGGGCGCUGGAUAGCCUAGCGGUUAUGACGCCAUCCCCAUGUACAGAGGCUUUAGUCUUCAUUGCAGCGGCUGUGGUUUCGAAUCUGACCUCGACCAUUUUGCUGCACGUCAUCCUCCACACUCUCCUCCCAACAUUUCCUGUCUCUUUUCAGCUGUCCUUUCUAAUAAAGGCAAAAAGGUCCCACAAAUAACUUUAUCCUAUCCAGUUUUUCUUUGAACAACGGGCAUAAAAGUGAGCUGGAUUACCUGAUCCUUGGUAGAAAGAAAAGUGGGUAACCAAAUCUGGAUUCAUUUUAUCUGUGUUCAACCUUUAAUAUGACUGAGCCCAGGAGAUAAGAGAUGAUAAAGUCGAGAUUUUGAGAAAACAACCAAGAAGUUGCUUGUAAUCACAGGAGAAUAUGUAUAUAUGUAUAGAUGAAUGCCUGCUUUGGCCUUCAUUAGUGUUACAGUACUGCUCCCUACUCUGGAGCUACCUUUAAAUAAACAAGGUUUUAUAGCCUGCUAGGUUACAGGAAUUGUAAAGUUUGAUACUUUUCUGGAUAUCUGUUUGAAUUGAGGUGUUGCAGCUUGGUCAGGUUAUGGUGUACCAAUAUUUCUGUAACCACUAUUAUUUAUUUAUUCUUUGGUACUGAUGUCUGAUGUAUUUCCUAGAAUGCAAAGGUGAUGUCAGAGAAAUCAAACUUUCUGGAUUUAAAAAAACAAACAUAAUAAAUGGAUCCAACCAUCCAUAACUGCUCUCCA